AUGCAGUGGAAGGCUCUCGCCCUAGCACUUCUGGUGGAGCACUGCUCUAGCCAAGCGGUAGCGAUCCCACCAAUGUUACGUUUCACUUGCUCGCAGCUUGUCGUCGAGCGUUUAGACCCUCUAGUUAACCCUGGAAUUGUCCCGUCUCCUCAUCUCCACCAAAUCGUGGGCGGGAAUUCGUUCAACGCUUCUAUGGACCCAACAACGCACGAUCUCCCUACAGCCUCUACAUGCACUAGCUGCUCGUUCUCAGAAGACUUUUCCAACUACUGGACCGCAGUUCUAUAUUUUCGAGCCCGUAACGGAACGUUUAAGCGCGUACCUCAAAUCCCGAGCGAAGGUCUCCAAGGCAAUGGCGGUAUAACAGUGUAUUAUAUCCCAUCGACCGAUAACAAAUCAAAAGUUACUGCCUUUAAGCCCGGCUUCCGUAUGCUUGUUGGAGAUGCCUCACUACGAUCGCCAGGCACGGCGCACAAGGUGUGCCAUCGUUGUAUGCCAGCAUCAGGAGACAACAGCAAUAUUAACUGCGGAUCUCCGGACGCACAAACGCUUCCCACGGGCUUCUGUGCUGGCGGCAUACGUUCGGUUAUUACCUUUCCCACCUGUUGGGAUGGUAAGAACUUAGAUAGCCCGGACCAUGAAAGCCACGUUGCCUAUGGAGUAGGUUCAGCAACUAACGAUGUAGGUCCAACUGGUAACUGUCCAGCAAGCCAUCCUGUGGUGUUACCUCAACUGAUGUACGAAGUAAUGUGGGACACCCGAUCCUUUAAUAAUAAGGAUUUAUGGCCCGAGGACGGUUCGCAGCCGUUCGUUUGGAGCACUGGCGACCAGAAAGGAUACUCGCAGCACGGGGACUACGUCUUCGGCUGGAAAGACGAUACUCUCCAACGUUCUAUGGACGCCCGUUGUACUGGCGACGUUUGUUCGGAACUAAAGACCCAGACUGCGGAGGAGGCGAUGAAGUGUACUAAGGUGCAAGUUGUCGAAGAUGAUAUCGACGGAUGGGUAACUACUCUACCGGGUAAUCGUAUGUUAUUUUAG